CACAGAGAGCGGGUCCCUCCACCAUCUACUAUGAUUGCUUUCCAUUUUGCUUGUCUGAAAAGUCAAUGUGGUGAAAGAAAUAUUGUCACUCCACCGGACGUACUUCCUCACGAGGACCCUUGUAUUUUGUGUAAGGGUAAUAAAGCCUAAUAUUACAGUUUGCAGUCAUUGUACUAAUGAUGCUCUCUCUGUAAUAUUAAAACCCUCUCAAUUUGUUAAUAAUCUGCAUCAAUUGCUGCGGAAAUGGCGUCGAACGAUAAGGCAUCUGUCACCAAGGAGCUCCAUGAAAAACACAGAAAGAUACUGGAAGGACUUUUAAAGCUACCUGAAAACAGAGAGUGCGCAGAUUGCAAAAGCAGGGGACCACGGUGGGCAAGUGUGAACCUGGGGAUCUUUGUAUGCAUUCAAUGCUCAGGAAUACAUCGAAGCCUUGGGGUGCAUAUAUCCAAGGUGCGAUCUGCUACACUAGAUACAUGGCUUCCAGAGCAAGUUGCCUUUAUUCAAAGCAUGGGCAAUGCGAAGGCAAAUAGUUUUUGGGAAGCAGAACUGCCCCCAAAUUAUGAUCGUGUUGGACUUGAAAAUUUUAUUCGUGCUAAGUACGAGGAGAGGAGAUGGGUUCCGCGUGACUCCAGAUCACCUCCAAGGUUAGUAGAUGAGAAACAUAUUUCUGCAGAUAAGCAGUGGACUGUAAAUGGUGGAAAGGAUCAUAGAGGCUAUGACCACAGUUGGAAUAAAAAACUCAUCCAGGAGACUUCAGAAAGAGGUGGGCACCACCUAGGGAAUGAUGUAGGACCUUCUCAUACGGACAAUGAAGGUGUGCAAAAUCAGGCACAAAAGCAUGAAAGCUCUCCAUUGCAAGAUCCAAAAAAAUCACAUCAAGAGGCAUCAAAAGGUACUGCAAUACCAGCCAUUGCGCCUCCUAAAAAUUUAUCACCAGCAGUGCAGUCCACUUCUGUAACUUCAUCCCAUAAGGUUGAAGUGGCUACAGACCUUUUUGAUCUACUAACUAUUCAAGAACCUACACAAAGUGUUGAUGAAUCACCUUCUCAAAUAGAUGACGAUAAUUCGUGGGCUGCAUUUCAGUCUGCAGAAGCACUAGACUCAACAAAGAACAGCGAUGCAACAAAAUCUUCUGCUUCUAAGAAUGAUGUCAUGGCAGGAUUGGAGGAUCUGUUUAAACCAUCUCAACCUGUACAUGAUAGCCUGGCCCAGCAUCCGUCUGAAACUCACCCUCAACCAAAAUCUCAGCCACAGUCACAACAUCAGCUCCCAACGGAUGCAAAGAAAGAUAUCAUGAGCCUUUUUGAAAAGUCAACGAUGUCUUCGCCAUAUGCAUUACAGCAGCAACAGAUGGCAGCAUAUCUGCUUCAGCAGCAGUCCAUGCUGAUGGCUGCCAAUGCAUCGCCUGGUAAUCAAGCAUCUUUGUUCCAGACUCAACAUCAGCAGCUACUGAAUAAUAAUGCUACAGUACCAGUAAAUAGUUUAGGAGUAACCACUGGGCAAGCUUGGAAGAAUGCCAAUUCACAAUUUCCUGGAAUGAUGGUUCCUGGAAUAGCCAAUAGUUUAGCAACGCAGGAUGGACUCCAAGCAUCUUCUCAGGCAGGUGGCUUUGUACAAUCAAGCUUGUUGGCACCUCAAGUUUCUACGGGAACUUCAGGCAUGCACAAGGAGGGAAUUACCAACAUGUACAAGCCUUCCGAAUCUUCCAUGAAUGUGCUGGCUUCAAGCUUGUCAGGGCAGGUGAAUCGAAGGCCCACCUCUGUUUCCUCGGAGGCUUCAAAUUCUUCCUCAGGAGCCAAUUAUGACUUUUCUUCUCUAGUGGCUGGGGUGUUAUCAAAACAGUAAUUGAAUUUCUUUUGAGAACAAAUUGAGCAAUCCUUGAAGAAUCAACAAGGAUAUUCCUUGUGAUGUGGAUGCUGUCAAGAAAUGAGAGGCAUGAUUUUUAUCAGGCAGCAGAAGUAAUUCAGUCGAGGUGGAUUUUUAUUCAUUUACAAUGAUCAGGUUCAUAUAAGGGUCUAUUGUUUAGGAUAGAUACUGCUCAAUUUCGGCCUUGUAUCAAAUCUAUGCAGCGAGUCCUUAAGUUGUAAUUCAAUUACAUAAUAAUAGCCAUCUUUUCUUCCCAUACCAGGCAUGGGCCCAGUUACUGUCUGACGACAAGCAUGGGGUAUAUCUUAGCAGAAAAGAGUGCUAAAGCUUGUGACGUGCCUAUUCUGUUGCUUGUAUUUGCUUGGUACUCACUCUUUGCUGUUUUAUUCAAGAGCAAUGUGAGGAAAUUACAAAUGUUA